CUAGUAGAAAUGGAAAAGCCACAUGCCAUAUUCAUCCCCUACCCAGCACAAGGCCACAUCAACCCCAUGAUGAAACUUGCUAAGCUCCUUCACUUAAAGGGAUUCCACAUCUCCUUUGUAAACACCCAUUACAACCAUAAGCGAUUUCUUAGAUCCCGAGGUCCCUCCGCCCUCGAUGGCCUGCCAGACUUCCGUUUCUACUCCAUUCCUGAUGGUCUUCCACCAUCUGAUGCCGAUUCCACCCAGUCAAGCCCAGACCUCUGUGUAUCCAUUCCAAAGCACUGCUUGGAACCUUUCUGUGAGCUUAUUACAAGGCUUAAUGAUGCAUCUGAUGUGCCACAAGUGACAUGUAUUGUUUCCGAUGGGGCAAUGAGUUUUACUCUCAAAGCUGCUGAGAAGUUUGGGUUGCCAGAUGUACUCUUUUGGACCUCGAGUGCUUGUGGGCUUUUGGCUUACGCUCACUAUCGUGAUCUUAUUCAAAAGGGCUAUAUUCCUCUCAAAGAUAUGGAUUACAUAACAAAUGGGUAUUUAGAAACAAGCUUAGAUUGGAUUCCCGGUAUGAAUAACAUUCGGUUAAGGGAUUUUCCAAGCUUCAUUCGAACCACAGACAUAAAUGACAUCUUGCUCAACUAUAUCAUGACUCAGGCUGAGGCUCUACCGAGAGGCUCAGCUGUUGUGCUCAAUACAUUUGAUGCCUUGGAACAAGACAGUGUUAAACCUUUAACUGCGCGGAACCCUCGAAUUAUCACUGUGGGGCCACUACACCUGAUGCAACAACAUCUGCAUGAUGAAGGGGUCAAACAAGUUGGGUCCAAUCUUUGGAAAGAAGACGCGAGUUGCAUCCAUUGGCUUGAUACGAAAGACGAUGGCUCAGUUGUUUUCGUGAACUUUGGAAGUAUUACAGUAAUGACGAAGGAACAACUAAUUGAGUUCGGAUGGGGACUCGCUAAUAGCAAGAAGGAUUUCUUAUGGAUAACCAGGCCCGACAUCGUUGGCGGAAAUGAGGUGGUGAUGCCACCGGAGUUCCUAGAUGAGACUAAAGGGAGAGGCAUGAUCACUAGUUGGUGUCCUCAAGAACAGGUUUUAAAACACCCUGCAAUCGGAGGAUUCUUAACACACAGUGGAUGGAACUCAACACUUGAGAGCAUUAGUAGUGGCGUUCCGGUUCUUUGUUGGCCAUUUUUUGCAGAACAACAAACAAAUUGUCGGUACAGUUGUGUGGAGUGGGAGAUUGGGAUGGAAAUCGAUACAAAUGUGAAAAGAAAGGAUGUGGAGGCACAAGUGAGGGAAUUGAUAGAUGGGGGGAAAGGAAAGAUGAUGAAAGCCAAGGUUUUGGAGUUACAAAAGAAAGCUAAAGAAGCAGUGGUCAAUGGUGGAUCCUCUUAUCUCAACUUUAACAAAUUAGUUACUGAAUUUCUUUUGAAAAAUUGA